GGGUUGCUGUUGCAGGGCUCGGGAUGGAAGGAAGCGACGAGUGAGAGCGUUGGCUUCCUCCGGGAGACUCCGCCCCUGUGCUACUUCUUGCCGGUGCUGAGGCCAGUCUUGCACUUUGUCGGGCGCCCGGGAAAGACCGGGGGACGAUGGUACAGAUGGAGACACAACUGCAGAGCAUUUUUGAGGAGGUGGUGAAAACGGAAGUCAUAGAAGAGGCUUUCCCCGGGAUGUUUAUGGAUACCCCGGAAGAUGAAAAAACAAAACUAAUUAGCUGUUUGGGGGCCUUCAGACAGUUUUGGGGUGGUCUUUCUCAGGAGUCUCAUGAACAAUGUAUCCAGUGGAUUGUUAAAUUUAUUCAUGGCCAGCAUAGUCCUAAAAGAAUUUCUUUUCUUUAUGACUGCUUAGCAAUGGCAGUUGAAACUGGUCUCCUUCCACCCAGGAAACUAUAUCCUGAGGGAAAACUUCCACACUGGUUACUUGGAAACCUAGUAUCAGACUUUGUAGAUACCUUCAGGCCCACGGCAAGGAUAAACUCCAUAUGUGGCCGCUGCAGUCUUCUACCAGUUGUAAAUAACUCAGGUGCUAUUUGUAAUUCAUGGAAAUUGGAUCCUGCAACUCUUCGUUUUCCUUUGAAAGGCCUUUUGCCAUAUGAUAAGGAUCUAUUUGAACCACAGACUGCUUUGUUGAGAUAUGUAUUGGAGCAGCCUUAUUCCAGGGAUAUGGUCUGCAAUAUGCUAGGUUUAAAUAAGCAGCACAAGCAGCGCUGCCCUGUGCUGGAGGACCAGUUGGUGGAUCUGGUGGUUUAUGCCAUGGAGCGGUCCGAGACCGAGGAGAAGUUUGAUGAUGGGGGAACAAGCCAACUCUUGUGGCAGCAUCUUUCAAGUCAGCUCAUUUUCUUUGUGCUUUUCCAGUUUGCCAGUUUCCCACAUAUGGUCCUUUCUCUUCAUCAGAAGUUAGCAGGGCGAGGACUAAUCAAAGGCAGAGAUCAUUUGAUGUGGGUUCUCCUACAAUUCAUUUCUGGAAGUAUUCAGAAAAAUGCUCUAGCUGAUUUUCUCCCUGUCAUGAAGCUCUUUGAUCUUCUCUACCCAGAAAAAGAAUGUAUCCCAGUUCCUGAUAUUAACAAACCCCAGUCAACUCAUGCCUUUGCAAUGACUUGUAUUUGGAUUCAUCUCAAUAGAAAAGCCCAAAAUGACAACUCCACACUACAAAUUCCAAUACCUCAUUCACUAAAGUUUCACCAUGAGUUCUUACAGCAGAGUCUGAGAAAUAAAAGUUUACAGAUGAAUGACUAUAAGAUUGCCCUGUUAUGUAAUGCAUACUCUACAAAUUCAGAAUGUUUUACAUUACCCAUGGGAGCUCUGGUAGAAACUAUUUAUGGAAAUGGAAUUAUGAGAAUACCUCUCCCAGGAACAAGCUGUUUGGCUUCUGCAUCUAUAACUCCCUUACCAAUGAACCUCCUGGAUUCAUUGACAGUUCAUGCCAAAAUGAGCCUUAUUCACAGCAUUGCAACGAGAGUGAUAAAACUUGCUCAUGCAAAGUCCAGCGUGGCAUUGGCUCCAGCCCUAGUGGAAACUUACAGUCGUUUAUUGGUCUAUAUGGAAAUAGAGUCUUUGGGCAUCAAAGGAUUUAUUAGUCAGCUCUUACCAACUGUUUUCAAGUCUCAUGCUUGGGGGAUCCUGCACACACUUCUUGAGAUGUUCAGCUACCGGAUGCACCACAUUCAGCCUCAUUACAGAGUUCAGCUCCUGAGUCAUCUUCAUACUUUGGCUGCAGUUGCACAAACAAAUCAGAAUCAACUCCAUCUUUGUGUUGAAAGCACCGCUCUCAGGCUUAUAACAGCAUUAGGUAGCUCAGAGGUACAGCCACAGUUUACACGUUUCCUUAGUGAUCCCAAAACAGUAUUAUCUGCAGAAUCUGAAGAACUGAAUCGAGCCUUGAUAUUGACCUUAGCCAGAGCAACUCAUGUAACAGAUUUUUUUACAGGCUCUGAUUCAAUUCAGGGAACUUGGUGUAAAGACAUACUUCAGACCAUCAUGAGUUUUACUCCUCAUAAUUGGGCUUCACAUACCCUUAGCUGUUUUCCAGGCCCACUACAGGCAUUCUUCAAACAAAAUAAUGUACCUCAGGAAAGUCGUUUUAAUCUGAAAAAAAAUGUUGAAGAGGAGUAUAGGAAGUGGAAGUCUAUGACCAAUGAAAAUGACAUCAUUACUCACUUUUCCAUACAAGGCUCUCCUCCUCUUUUCCUUUGUCUUCUCUGGAAAAUGCUCUUGGACACAGAUCAUAUUAAUCAGAUUGGCUACAGAGUAUUAGAGAGAAUUGGAGCCAGGGCCUUGGUAGCCCAUGUGAGAACAUUUGCAGAUUUCCUGGUAUAUGAGUUUUCUACUUCAGCGGGAGGUCAGCAACUUAAUAAGUGCAUUGAAAUUCUUAAUGACAUGGUAUGGAAAUAUAACAUUGUUACAUUGGACAGAUUAAUUCUCUGCCUGGCUAUGCGCAGUCAUGAAGGAAAUGAAGCCCAGGUUUGUUACUUCAUAAUUCAGUUGCUGUUACUCAAACCAAAUGACUUUAGAAAUCGAGUAAGUGACUUUGUGAAGGAAAAUUCCCCAGAGCACUGGUUACAGAACGACUGGCAUACCAAGCACAUGAAUUAUCACAAGAAAUAUCCAGAAAAACUGUAUUUUGAGGGCCUGGCGGAACAAGUUGAUCCUCCUGUGCAGAUUCAGUCCCCCUAUCUGCCAAUUUAUUUUGGAAAUGUGUGUCUCCGAUUCCUUCCAGUAUUUGAUAUAGUAAUUCACAGAUUUUUAGAGUUGUAUCCAGUAUCCAAAUCACUAGAAACUCUACUGGAUCACCUAGGAGGCUUAUAUAAAUUUCAUGGUGAGCUUUUUCAAAUUUUAAUUCUAUCUAAUACUUACAUGAGCAAAAGUAGAUUGUGCAUGACCAUGUGUCAGCCCUUGGUACCAAGAGAGAACAUUACAGCAUGGAUGAAUGCAAUUGGUUUGAUCAUCACUGCCCUACCAAUUGGUGUGGCAUUUUAUGACAUGCUGCUAAAUGUAGACCAGUGUAGCACCCAUUUAAAUUACAUGGAUCCCAUCUGUGACUUCCUGUAUCAUAUGAAAUAUAUGUUUACUGGUGACAGCAUGAAAGAACAAGUAGAGAAGAUUAUCUGUAAUUUAAAACCAGCUUUAAAGCUUCGUCUUCGAUUCAUCACACAUAUUAGCAAGAUGGAACCAGCUGCAGUGCCUCCACAAGCUAUAAAUAGUGGAUCUCCAGCACCUCAGUCUAAUCAGGUGCCAGCAUCCUUACCAGUAACUCAGUGAAGUUAGAGUUACUGUAGUAAGAAUGGAAAUAUACCUGUCUUAGAAAGUGGACUCAAGUUUAUUAAAUCUGAAUGUGAUCAUGCUAAAGUGAUGUGGUAGAAGAAGCAGCAGAGAUAUUCAGAUUGUUUUCUUUUGAUUCAAAUGGUGAAUCUCCUCACACCUUAAUUCCCAUCUCCCUGUCUAUAUUUUUGUCUCUAAGAGAUCAAGUAAGCUACAUAUUGUUCAUAUUCAUAGCAGUUAAGAGCACCCUAGGAACACAGGUGUAUACUGUGAUCAAAUGAUUUUUGCCUUGUAUUCUCAGUCUUUCCUAUUUUAGCCAUUGUUUUUAUUUUUAUUUUUAUGUUUUAUUAUUGUAUAGUCAGUCUUAAAGUACUUUGCUUUCAAGACAGAACACAUGUAAAAUAACCAUUACAAAUCCUUUUAUACAUAAAUCUUCUUUUGUGAUUCUUCAGGAUAAUAGAGAUUUUUAUCAAAUAAAGGACUCUGGGUUUCAUUGCAUUGCAGAAGCAAACAAAGUUUUGUAUUUUUUUUAAAGGCUUGAAAUUUUUAUUGUAAAUUUCCAAGUAAAUAGUCUAAUGUUUCUAUCGAGGUAGAUGGGCAGUUUUUGUCUUUGCUUUGAACUUACCAGAUGAAAUGAAUUGGAAGCCAUGUAAGAAAAUAUCAUCUGAAAAUGCAUACAUUUAAAUAAAAUCAUGCUUAAAUGGCUGAUUCCCGACUCUCUGUCUGUAAAAAUCAGUUGCUUUUGCAUGUUGAUAUCCUCACCUGGAAUUUUCAUAAUUCCAAAUUUUUUAAAUAUAUGGAUUUUUAAAAUA